AUGAAUGCCUCGGAACUGGUCUCCCAGCUCGAAUUGAGAGUGCUUCUACGAUACUCUGGCCCGUUGAUACCGAGUUAUCUUUUGCAGUACUCCUUUACCAUUAUCGUAACACUGGUCGCCUCUCAACUCUCCACUGAUGAGCUUGCUGGAUGCUCAUUAGGUAUGACCACAUCCAAUAUCAUCGGAUAUGCGAUCUUCGAAGGCAUGGCCACGGCGUUGGACACCUUGUGCUCGCAGGCAUAUGGCUCCGGUCGUUUCAGCGACGUCGGGAUGGCGAUGAUCCGCUUCUUGGUCUUCGUUCACUUGGUCGCCAUACCCAUCGGCGGACUUUGGCUGUUCUCAGAGGCGAUCCUUCGACGCCUGGUACCUUCAGAAGAGCUGGCGGUCCAUGCCGGCAGCUUUCUUCGAUACAGCCUCAUUGGGUUGCCUGGCUAUGCUAGUUUUGAGGCUGGCAAGAGGUUUAUGCAAUCGCAAGGACAAUUUACGGCAGGACUAUGGAGUCUCCUGAUCUGUUUGCCAAUCAACAUUGGUCUAACUUACGCUCUUGUCCUGAAAGCAGACAUGAGGGUCGCGGGCGCUGCAUUGGCCGCAUCCUUAACCAAUCUCAUCCGACCGCUGAUUCUUAUCGGCUAUGCGUUCAUUACCGAUCGCACAACGCUGCAAUGCUGGCCGACAACGAAAGAGAUCCGCUCUUCGUGGUCGAAGGACUGGAGUCCGAUGUGCAGAUUGGCGCUUUCCGGCACCGUCAUGACUCUCUCCGAAUGGCUGUCAUUCGAGAUCCUCACAUUCGCCCUGACAUAUCUCGGCAACGCCCCGCUCGCGGCACAGACGUUCCUAUCGACUACCGCCACUCUCGUCUGGCACAUCCCGUUCUCUAUCUCGAUCGCCGGAAGCACUCGGAUCGGACAGCUUGUCGGAGGCGGCCUGACCCACGGCUCUGCACUUCGAAUCAUGAAGAUGUAUGCGGCCAUCUUUGCAUUCAACGGUAUCCUUAAUGUGGCGCUGGGGAUUGGGAUCGUGGCGAUCAUGCUCCGGUUUUUGAUCAAUGAUCAGGAAGUGGCAGACAUUGUCCUUGUGAAUCUCCCAUUCCUGGGGGUCUUCUUGUUCUGCGACGCUAUUGUCCUCUGGCCUCAUUCCGUUGUCAGAGGCAUCGGAUGGCAAUCCAUCGCUGCGUACACAACGUUAGGUGCAGCAUACUUGUACGGUGUGCCGCUGGCGCUAUUCCUGGAGCUAGGAUCGCCCAGGCUAGGAGUCAGUGGUCUCUGGAUCGGACUCGCCUCUGCCGUGUUCUUCACGUGUAUCAUUGAAGCGUCAGUGGUUUGGACAAGGCUUCGCAGAUAUCCGGGCAAAUGCUUCGACGAAUACGAAGGAGCGAGUGAAGAACAAACACUCAUUGACACUUGA